AUGUCUGUAUUGUUAGAAACAUCUCUAGGAGAUUUAGUCGUUGAUGUCUUUUUAAAGGAGCGUCCAAAAUGCUCUAUGAACUUCAUCAAGCUAUGUAGAAUGAAAUAUUAUAAUCUAUGUCCAUUUCAUACCAUAGAGCAAAAUUACAUUGCACAAACUGGAGAUCCUACUGGCACAGGAAGUGGUGGAGAAUCGGUUUUUGUAAACUUUUAUGGAGAUCAAGGGAAGUUUUUCGAGAAGGAAGACUUGCCAAAAAUGAAACAUUCCCGACUAGGGUUGGUGGCGUUCGUAAAUAAUGGAGAUGGAAUGCUUGGAAGUCAGUUCUAUAUUACUCUGGGAGACGACUUAGAUUACUUAGACAGUCAGCACACCAUUUUUGGUCAGGUUACAGAAGGUCUGGACACUCUAGAAAAGCUCAACGAUGAACUAUGUGAUGAUAAUCAUAAGCCGUAUAAGGACAUAAGAAUCACGCAUACAAUCGUAUUAGAUGAUCCUUUCGAUGAUCCCUCUGAUGUUAAGUAUCCCUCUAGAUCUCCUUCUCCAAGCUUUGAUGAUCUCGUUCAACCUAACAAAAUUGCUUUGGAUCAACUCGAUGAUGAAAAUGAAGGAAAAACAGCAGAAGAAAUAGCUGAAGAGAUGAAGUUGAGGGAAAUGGAGGAACAGGCUCAGAUUCUUGAAAUGGUUGGUGACCUGAAAUCUGCUGAUGAUAGACCUCCUGAUAAUGUAUUGUUUGUUUGCAAACUUAAUCCUAUCACUACAGAUGAUGAUCUAGAGAUCAUUUUCAGCCGUUUUGGAAAAAUUGAAAGUUGUGAGAUUAUCCGGGACCGACGAACCAAAGAUUCCCUACAAUAUGCUUUUAUUGAAUAUGACAAUCCUAAAAGUUGUGAACAAGCUUAUAUGAAAAUGGACAAUGUUCUCAUUGACGACCGACGCAUUCAUGUUGAUUUCUCACAGUCCGUAGCCAAAAAUUAUAAAUGGGAAAGAAUGGAAAAGAAAGAAAAUAAAACUUUACCUGCCAAAAGAGAUUCUAAGAGCUUCAGAAGAAGCAGCAGCCCAGAAAGGAAACACAGGAAAUAUGAGCGUGAUGACCGAAGAAAAGAGCAUCGUGACCAUCGGGAUCAUCGGAAGGAUGACUCAAAAGAUUCAGGACGAAGAGAAGAUCGUCGUCGGGACUACGAUAAUCGCCGUCGAGAUGAAGAUGAUCGUCGUAGCUACCGUGAUGAUCAUCACAAAAGAAGAGAUGAUGAAAGCAGAAGAAGAGAUGAUGAAAGCAGAAGGAGUCAUCAUAAAUCCUCAGGCGACAGAAGGAGUAAUCGUGAUGAUAGUAGGCGCGAUGAUAAGGAUAGGAAAGACAGAAGCUCUCAUCGAUAA